AAGGUGGUAUAAUCUGAAGUGGGCGUGGUUUAAGGCGGAAGACAGAUCUUCGGUUUGCUGUGCAAGGUGAGGAGGACUUGGGAGAAGGCGGUAGCCGGUGGCCGGCAGACUGGACCCAGGACAAAGUGAUCGAACCGGUUCUGGGAUCAGACGUCCGUCUUCACGUCUCAAAGGUCAGAACCAGCUCAGACAGACGGGUUCUGUGCGGGGUUCUGCUUGGUUCUUUGUUGGGUCCCUGCUGUCAGCUGUGCUCAGGAGAACUUCAGCACCAUGUUGGGUCAGCAGGUGAAUCGGGUAAUGGCUCUUGGAGAAUGGGAGGAACGCUGGCAGGAGGACAAGAUAGGCUUCCAUCAACCAACCAUACACAAGAUGCUGGAGAUCCACCUGGAUAAAGUUUUGAGUGGACGGGUGGCAGUCCGGUUCCUCCUCCCUCUGUGUGGAAAAGCUGUGGACAUGAAGUGGUUGGCAGAUCUCGGUCACUUUGUGGUCGGCGUAGAGAUCUCUGAGAAGGCCAUCCGACAGUUCUUUGAGGAGAACAACAUGAUGUACAGUGAGGAGCUGGGUCCUUCCAUACCUGGAGGAAAGGUGUUCAAGAACUCUGAGAAGAACAUCUCGUUGUACCAGUGCAACCUGUUCGACUUCUCCAGUUCUGUCGGCGGCAGGUUCGGAGCCAUCUGGGACCGAGGAUCUCUGGUGGCCAUAAACCCGAAGGACCGAGAGAAGUACGCGGAUCUAAUGGUCUCUCUGAUGGACGGAGACUGCAGGUACCUGCUGGACACCUUCCUCUACAACCCCGACUCGUAUUCAGGUCCUCCGUUCUUUGUUCCUGAUGAGCAGAUCCACAGUCUGUUUGGGAGGAGCUGCAACGUGGAGAUGCUGCAGUCGGUGGACGCGCUGACGGACAAGCAGCGAGCGUGGGGAUUGGACUUCUUCACCGAAAGCGUCCACCUCAUCACCCCCAAGACCGGCUAAGAGGAUGGCAGAACCCACUGACAGGUUCUAGAGAGCCGGUCCAGUCCGAGAAUCUAGACCUGCUUCCAGACCAGCUGUGAAGGACCAGUUCAGAUGCUUCUGGCAUGGAUCAGAUCUGCAGAUUCAAUCAGAACAAGCUGGAAUGAAAUGAUUUUUUAUUAUUUCUUGAGAUGUUUCAGAUUUUUUCUGAAAUUUUAAAUAAAAAAAGAAAAAUCGAAAUAAAAUCUAA